AUGGAUACAGUCAUUGUAGCCUUUGAGACGCCUUCUGUUCUCUCCCUGAAGUCUCUCUCUGAACUUUCCGAUGCCCUUCCCUUCCCCCUUCGCAUCUUCCCAAUGCAAAUCCAAAACGGAAAAAUCGCGAAAAGGUGGGCCCUCACAGGAACCCGCCCCAACUCCACAUUCACCCAGAAGGAGGAGAAGUCAACCACCCUAAAGGAGUUCAUAUCCCAGCUAAGAAAGUCUCCCUGCACAAUUUUGGUAGACUUUUCAGACGAAACCAUCACAGACCUCCACUUCAGAAUAUCCUGCAGGGACUCAACUAUUUCCACGUACUGUAAGGGCCUGAACCUAAAAGUCUCCAAAAUUUCCAGUACGUGUUCAGGUAUUUUCCAGGCAUCAGACACUUUCUUCAGGCGGAUAAGCAUCUCUCUCGUGGGAAUUCGCAUGCGGAAUAAAAACGGGAAAAAAGUCUCCAUCGACAUCCCCGUGAGUCUCCAGGGAGUAAACUAUACUCUCCCACAGCAAAUGACGAUGAUACAGAGCCAGCCCCAGGGUCUUCCCGUGUGCAUCUCCACAGUUACUUCAAAGAGUCUUCUCCUGGAGAAAGUCCUUUCAAAGGGUGCCCUCUUCUUUUCAGGUUCUAUCUCGGAAGUGCCUGAUUUUAAGAUGGAGGAAAUUCCAACUGAAAACCUGAAAGAUCGAGGAAAUGAACGGGGAGAGCUUUUCCUGCGGGUAGAAUGCAGUGGGGCAGUGAUUCUCUGCACUUUCUUCAAGGAAGCCUCUAAAGUCACGCUUUUAGACUCGUCUCUCCCGUGCAUGAAGGCUUUCUACGUGUCGGAGUAUCUGAAGCACGUGCAAAGGAAGUAUACGGACGAACUUGCAGUGAUUGUCUCUGUUUUCUCGGAUGUAAGCGAGAGGAAGGACUUGGAUGCUGUCCUUAUGGGGGAGAUGCAGAGGAUAAAAACCCUCCAGGAAGAGAAAAGAAAGAAGGUUUUGCUCGGGAUAAAGGACCUGAUUUGCACGUUGAAAUUCCCAGAGAGAGACGAUAAAGGCUUUCUCCUGCUGAGUAUGAAGAAGAUAUACCAUGAAAUCCUGCGAAUGCAGAAGGCAGAGGUCGUAAAUGCUCCGAAGAGGGAUAUAUACGUGAUCCCCGAGGGAGUGGGGCCUGCUUCUUCCCUGCACUGCCUCCUUAAGGAGAGGGAGAAAUAG